AGGACGCAACUUGUAUCACUUCCGGCCACAGCUUUAUCAAACACCACUCGUUCAGUUAUCAGUCAUACACACAGCAGUCUUUACUAUCACUACCCUGUAUUGCCCGCGACGACAUUCAAAAUGCAGCCACCACAACUGGGCGGCGCCUCGCAGCAGUCGCAGCCGUCUUCCCAACAAUCCUUCUCCAUGAGCCAGUCCUCCCAGUCAGUCUACAGACAGUACACGGAUCCCCCCAACCGGCUACACAACGACCAUGCCGUACCUACCAUCUACUCUGCCACGUACUCGGGCGUCGGCGUCUACGAAAUGGAGGUCAACAAUGUUGCCGUCAUGCGCCGACAAAAGGACGGCUGGGUCAAUGCCACACAGAUCCUCAAGGUCGCAAACAUCGAUAAGGGACGCCGUACCAAGAUUCUCGAAAAGGAAAUCCAGAUUGGCGAACACGAAAAAGUCCAGGGCGGCUACGGGAAAUAUCAAGGAACUUGGAUUCCAUUCGAACGGGGUCUCGAAGUCUGCCGCCAAUAUGGCGUCGAGGAGCUGCUGUCCAAACUCUUGACACACAACAGGGGACAGGAAGGCGAGACUGGAAACGUGGACACCCCCACCAAGGAGCAGGCCAUGGCUGCACAGAGGAAGCGCAUGUACAACGCCAGCUCGCAAGAGAAUCGCGGUAUUGGCUCCACCGGCACCUUCUUCAAGAACAUCUCCUCGACGGCCUCAACCGCAGUGGCUGCCAUCAGCAAGGCUCGCUUCGAUUCCCCUGCGCCUAGAAACCGCAGCGGUCCCAGCAGGGCCCCCAGCUUCAACCGCCAGUCCUCGAUGCAGGAUGUGGCCGAUUUCCCAAACUCGCAACAAAGCCUUGUUUCGACCGAAUACGCAACCCAGACACAGAACGCCGACUCGGGCUUCGGGUCUCAAACUACGCAACCCUUGGCUGGUGACGGCCUCGAACAACCCCCUAGGAAGCGGCAAAGAGUUCUCACCCCCGCCAGGAGCUUUGGCGGCCAGACUCCGGGCCACCAGCCUCUCGACCCAUUCAAUGCUGGAAAUGUUGCCAACGGAGACCCUGGCUCUCCCACGGAGCCCAGCAACUCAUUCAACUAUGAGCAAGUCAGUGCUAAUGAUGGCGAGGCCUCGUAUGCCCUUGGCCCGUUGCGGCCGUUGCCCUAUGAGAAUAAUACCGACGCGGAAGCCAAGCGGGGUAUGCUGAUGGGCCUCUUUAUGGAUGCCAACGGCCCCGAGGAGGCCAUACAGGCCGCCCUUUGCAAUGUGUCUCCUCAGGAGCUGGACUCCCCCAUCGACACCCAGAGUCACACGGCCCUUCAUUGGGCUGCCACCCUCUCUCGCAUGCCGCUUCUGCGAGCGCUCAUCCAUGCAGGCGCAAACCCCUGGCGCGUCAAUGCUUGUGGAGAGACUGCCCUUAUGCGUGCCUGCACCGUCACCAACUCCAUGGAGAACAACACGUUUCCCGAGCUUCUUGAUCUCCUCGGUUGCACUCUUGACGUGACCGACGACAAGGGCCGCACCGUUUUGCAUCACAUUGCCGUCACCAGUGCGGUCAAAGGCCGUCAUUAUGCUAGCCGAUACUACCUCGAGAGCCUUCUAGAAUGGGUGGUCCGGCAAGGUAGUGCUCCAAACAGCCAAGAGAACGGCACCGGCGAUAGGAAAGGACGUCGAAUGGGCAUCGCCCGGUUUAUGAGCGAGAUCGUCAACGCUCAGGAUAAUAGUGGUGACACGGCGCUUAACGUUGCUGCACGCGUCGGUAACCGCAGCAUCAUUUCCCAGCUUCUGGAGGUGGGCGCGGAUCCCACAAUUCCCAACCGAGCCAAUUUGAAGCCAUUGGAUUUUGGCAUCGGGAUUGCCGACGCCGAAACCAACGAUGAUCCAGCCCAAGAAAAGACUGGGGCUACGACGGGCAGUGGCCAUAAGAGCCGCGAGACCAGUGACGAGGUUGUCCGCUCCAUCACUCACCUCAUUGGUGAAUCCGCGUCUAUUUUCCAGAAUGAGCUGAAAAAGAAACAAGAAUCGAUUGACACCCUCCAUUCUCAACUCCGCGUUACUUCCUCACAGGUCGGCGACGCCCGCCGCACCCUCGAGUCCCUACAAGAAAAGCUCAAAGCCCAGCAAUUGGCCAAGCAGAAGAUUGUCAACUUCAACCGGGCAUGUGAGGAGGAAGAGCAGAUCCUCAUUGAACUCGAACAGCGCCACGGUCGGCUGGAUGUCGCUUCGGCCAACGCCUGGGAAAUGGAACUCGAGUCGGCAUUGGAGAUUGUCAAGACGCAGUCUCCCAAGGGACUGGACCCAGACAGCCGACCUAGCCUACCGAGCGCGGCAGUGCUAAGAGCUAGAAUCAAGGCACUACGGGCGAGGUCGAGCAAAACGCGACAGGCGGUGGCGGCCUUGCAGGCACAGAGCAAGGAGAAAGAGCUCAAGUACCGGCGACUGGUCAGCCUCUGCACCAGGAGGCCCGAAAUCGAGGUUGAAGCCCUGCUGGAUACACUGACGAGGGCGGUCGAAAGUGAAAAGCCUGAAUUGGAGAUUGCGAGGGUCAGGAGGUUUCUGGGCGGCGUGGAGGGCGUCGUGCAUUAGAAGCGCCAGGGCUACUGGAGCGAAUGCAAGUGUGAUGAGAAGGAUUGCUGGAGUUCGGCGGCGCUGAGGGGAGGUGCAGGAUUGUGGGGUGGUGGGGGUGACGACGGUUCAAUGGUACAGAGUUUCGACUUUCGCGAUGACACGGACAGUGGUGACGAUCCCGAGGAGAUCGAUAACAAUGAACAGGAAGGUAUUGACGAUCCCAGGAAGGAGGAUGACGAUGAACAGGGAGAUAUUGAUGAACCCGAGGAGCGUGGUGUCUACGGUGGCAGCGCUGGGGAUAUAGACGAUGGGCGUUUUACUGACCAAGAUAAUGGUGACUAUGAAGGGGACUUCCCCUUGUCCUCUUGCAGCUCACCUUCCCAGGCAACAACUCCGCAGGAACGGCCCGAUGCAGAGCAAAGGAAGCCCGACGUGGCACGCGGUAAG